AUGGAGUUACGUAAAGUCUUAAGUGGGCCGAUGUUAGGACACAUGUGUGGAAGUACUAUACUAAUAUGCUCAAUCGGUUAUCAAAUUGUCAUGUCCCUUUCUGUAAAUAUCACCAAAUGUGUGAUGAGUUUUCUCUACCUCGGAUAUAACAUGUUUAUACUUUAUAUGAUAUGUCGCUGGUGUGAAGAUAUCACUAAACAGGGUGAGGGUGUCGGAUUCGCAGCAUACUGCUCAGGAUGGGAACGUGGUUAUACAACGAUUCCCGGAGUGCGCUCAAGUCUUUUGAUAAUACUUACACGCGCUAAUAAACCGCUUGUGUUUACAGCUGGGGGAAUGUAUGACCUCUCUUUGGAUAACUACUCCAAUUUGGUGAAGACAUCAUACAGUGCUCUGACAAUGUUGCUCCGAUUCCGCAACGAGUGA